UAGGUACCUCUCUCCCUACUAUACCUGCUAUCUAACAAUAAGCUAUUAGAUGCACUGCUGCUACAGUAUAUACUUUGCUGCCUGCACAAGUGUAGUCAAAGUGCAUUAUUUGUUUUAAUAUUAUCAUACCUAUCAUUUACUUACAAUGUGCCUACAUACUGUAUUAUGCAGCUCUUUACAAAGGUUACACGUCAUUCACAUCAUUCUUCCUACCAUGGGAAGAGCCCAGGGCAAUCCACUGAAUGUGUGACAGAUUCAUUAUGUCAUUAUGUCAUUCCCAGUUGCGUGUAACCAGUUUUGCAUUUGUUUGAAAAUUCAAACCAAUCUAGCCUUCAUACAACAACAUCCAAGCAUAUCAAGUCUCAGUAGGGUCUAUCUGAGAAGAAUUAAUAUUUUUUUUUUUAAAUGGCCGGAUCCAAAGAGAUAAAAAUAGUGUCACUCUUGCAAGAGGCUGCCAGCUUGGGACUGGGUGACUGACAGCCACAUCUUGCCUGUUUUUCAGAUUAGAAGUCUGUUAGGUGAGCUGAUCUCUAUUCAAGAGAACGCUGGAUGAGAUCCCUUCAUUAACCUUUCCUAAGUGACAUUUACAUUGAAGCACCAAAGAGCUAUGAGAUAACCCUUCAUACUGGCAAUCUUUUUGGUUUGGAAAUUUGAAAUAUCACUCUAGAGAGUUUCCCACAUACAAGGAAGGAUAGUAUGAGUGAUGGGAGGCAACAUCAUCCAGAGGAAGCUGGGGAAAGAAGGCAAGUAGAACAGAAGAAGACUUGGGGGGGAAUGGCUUCAGAAAUUAAGAUUUUCAUCUGGAAUCCAGAGAAAAAAUAAGUACUGGGAAGAGACAAAAAAAGCUGGGGUUUAACAAUAAGGCCACAAGUGAAUGCUUUUUAUUUUUCAUUCAAUCCAUCUGAUAGAAGCACCUGGUCAUCACAUGCAGAGAAUCUAAACACAUUUCUUGAAGAAUAUAAUGAUGAGACCCAACAAGCAAAAAACCUAGCGUGUACCCCAGGAAAAUACUUCCUCCAGCCAGGGGAAGAUUAUGAAGAAAGGAUAGCCUGUCAGUUCAGAAGUUCAUUGUUAAAAAACUGUUCAGGAAUUGAGGACCCAACCUUUGGUUUUGAACAAGGGAAACCAUGUAUCUUAUUAAAGAUGAACCGGAAAGCUGAUAUGAGUUACCUUGGAUCAGUCAACUUCUAUCCAUCAGACAAGUUUGAUCUCAUGUAUUAUCCUUACUAUGGUAAACUCACACAUGUAAACUAUACAUCCCCUGUAAUAGCCAUGCACUUUACAGAAGUGUUGAGGGAUCGGGAUGUUAAUAUACAGUGCAAGAUAAAUGGCGAAGAUAUUAUCAGCGACCAUGAAAAAGACCGUUUCCUUGGAAGAGUGGUUUUCACAUUGCACAUUGGAUGAUUUCAGUGAUCCCCUAGGAUUUCAUUGGGAAACUUGGCAUUGGCCCUGACCAAUCCUACUAUAGCUAAUUAACAAAAGUCAUUUUGAUGGAGGAGUACAUUUGUGGCAUUUGUCAGAGACACCAUGGCUGAUUCUUACCACUGACACUACUAUUACAUAGUUCUGUAUUUUUUUUACUUUUGCUCACCCUCCCCAACCCUCAGCGUGCCCGGGAUCUCUACCAUUGAAGAUGUAUUGGACAUUCAUGACACUGUGUGAAACCCCAGACCUCCCAAAGACUUUUAUUUUGUUUUAAAGUCAUUUUACCUUAAUUUACUUUUUUCUCUGCCAGUGAUAUAAAAAGUGAUAAGCAAAACA